AUGCAGGGCAACUAUAGCUUUCUUCAGCAGGAUCCCCGAUUUCUUCAACAGCAACAAGCGGCAGCGCAGGCUCAAUCUGGGAACUUGAACCAACAACAACAGCAGCAACAACAGCAGCAACAACAACAGACGGGCUAUCUUCAAGCUCAAAGAACCGGCUAUGUUCAGCCACAGCAAACCAGCGGUUUCCUUCAAAAUCAACAAACCGGCUACCCACAACCGCAACAACAACCCGGCAGUUUCCUUCAAUCUCAGCGUACUGGCUUUGUUCAGUCUCAACCUACCGGCUUCGCUGGUGGCGGAAUGAUACGAGUUCAACCAACUGGGAUGGCCCUCCCACCCCAGCAAACCGGCUUUGGCCUUCAACCUCAACAGACUAGCUUCGGCGGUCUUCAGCCUCAACAGACCAGCUUUGGCAUGCAAUCACAACAAACUGGAUUCGCCAUGCAACCCCAACCAACCGGUUUUGGAAUUCAGUCUCAGCCUACUGGUUUUCCUGGAGGCUCUCAAUUCAAUAUCUCCACUCAAUUCUCAAGCCAACAGCCGCAAAAUCUUGGCGUCCCCUCUCCUCAGAACGCACCCUCCCGUUUUAUGGGCGGCAUUACCGCUCAGCCAACUGGCUACCCGAUGGGCUUCCGUGGACAGAUGCCUGCUCUAGCCGCCUCAUCUCAACCAUUUCUCAAUACCUUCAUGCCUGCCCCAGGCGCUCAACAGCCGAUCGGCAUGGGCAACUUUCAACCUUCGCAGAUGCAGUUUGCCCAACCUACUAGUCAGUUCAGUGGUAUGAGUCUUCAGCAGACAUUUCAACAACAGAACCAGCAACAGAUCGGCCAAGCUGAAGUCAAAGUGCCGUGGAAGCUCUCGACCGAAGAAAAGAAGAGUUAUGACCAGAUCUUCAGAGCCUGGGAUCAAACUGGCUCCGGUUUUAUUGAGGGCAAGAUGAGCACCGAAGUAUUCGCUCAGAGUGGGCUUCCAAGAGAGGAUCUCAUGCAAAUUUGGGGCUUGGCUGACGUGGAAAAUCGUGGAAAACUCAACUUGGCCGAAUUUCAUGUGGCUAUGGGCUUGAUCUACCGUCGUUUGAAUGGGAACCCAAUACCUUCUAGUCUGCCUCCCGAGAUGGUGCCACCCUCGGCCAGGGAUCUUGACAAUUCGGUUGACUUUUUGAAAGACUUGUUAAAAAAAGACAACUCGCGCGCCACGGGCGAAGCUUAUGCCAAACACACCCUCGGUCCUGUCCGCUCUUUACAUGGUGCCAGGAGCUCACCCAACCUUCAUAAGGAUGCUACCAUGUACAAACACGACGAAGUGGACAGCUCAAGCACGUAUAAAUCCCAAUCUCGACACAUCGAUCGCCGCACCGUUCGUCACGCUGGCGAGGACAAGGCGACGGCUAAUCUAGACGAUAUCAAACGCGAUCUUGACCGAACCGACAGCAUGCUCGAAUCGUCAAGACAAAGAGAUAAUGACCAGAGCCAUCUCGAUCAUGACCUCGAAGAUCUUCAGUAUCGUAUUAAACGCCUUCAGGAUGACAUUGAGUACGUCUCACGACCUGGUCGACGAUCAGAAGCUAACGAUCAAGAGAGACGAAAGCUCGAGCGUGAACUGCUUCGAUUACGUCACGAAGAUCUACCUGAGCUCGAAGCUAAGAUUUCGGAUCGCGAUCGCCAGCGUCGGAAGGAGUCGCAAGCUUAUUCUCGACAGCGAGAUCAGCGCAACAAUCGCAAUCGCUUCGACUCCGAUCGUCUCAGUGAUUCCAACGAUGACGAUCAUCGGCGGGACAGCUAUCCAGAUCGUGGCUACCUCAAAGGUACCUACGAGCGCGACGUCCCUUCACGAGCUUCUGAACGCGGCUUCAGAGAUACCCCUUCCCGCUCCUCUUAUCGGGAUACUCCCUCCCGCUCCUCUGCACGUGAGGUUCGGGAUGACAGAGAUGAUCGUGCCUAUGAUGAUAAACGCUCACCAUCAUCUCCAUCUACAAGUAUCACCAAGUCUCCGCCUCCUCCGCCACCUGUCUCGGCUCCACCAACGAAAACGAUGACGGCUGAAGAAAAGAAGGCCUUUAUUCAAGCUGAAGCUCAGCGUCGAAUUCAGGAGAGACUUCGUUCAUUGGGUAUAGGCGGAGGAUCAUCCGCCCCGGCAGUCGAUAACAGCGUAAACUCGCGCUUGGAGCAAGAAAAACAAGAAGCUGCCUUGAGAGCGUCUCAAGCCGACCAGGAAGCUGCCGAGAGAGAGAAGCAACGUCAAAUUCGACUCGAAGAAGAGCGACUGAGUCGUUCGCAGAACCAAGAAAAAAUGGAUGCCAAGUCUAACUCCAAAGGCCCACCAGUAUCAGCGGAAGCUGCCCCACCCGCUAACGUCAACAAACCAGUGGAAAGCGACUUAUCGGCUGAAGAAGAGGCGUUACUGAAAAAAAGGGAAGAUGCUCUAGCGAAAGAAAAGGCUGCAAGGUUGGCCAGAAUUAAACAACUAGAAGAAGAGGAGGAGGAAAGUCGUCGACUGGAGCAAGAAUUCAAAGAGAAGAAGGCUAUGUUCGCAUCUCGUUCGGCCCCAUCCCCAUCAGUUGUUAAAAAGCCUCCACCCCCACCUGCACCCCGAAGUAGAGCCCCUCCUCCGGCUGCAGUACCGCGAUCUGCUAGCCAAGUCAAGCUGCCGCCCUCAUUGCCUCAAUCCGUCCCGCCCUCAUCACAAGUUGCUUCAACUCCCACAAUUGCUAUCGGACUUGCUGAAGAACCUUCAACCCCCUUCAUUUCGCAGGUUCCACCAGCCCCACCAGCCCCACCAGCACCACCAGCCCCGCCGGCUCCUCCAGCACCCCAACUUGCACCAGCCCCCUCGUUACCCUCAGUACCACAAGCUCCCCCUCCCCCUCCAGCUCCCUUUUUGACUACACAGGCGCCAUCUGGUUCGACUCCCAGCACCAAUCCAUUCCAUCGUCUAAGCUCCUCAACAAGCAACGAUUCCCCCGCGCCUGCGACGCCUGCAUCGUUUCCGGCUACGCUGUCAGCCAACAAUCCAUUCUUCAAACCGACAGGCGCUACUACGCCAACCCAACAACCAUCAGUUUCACCUCAGCCCAGUUUCCGGCCUCCACCUCGCCCUCAAGAUUCAGAUGACGAGUGGGAUGCUGCUAAAGAGAAAGAUGAUGAUGAUGAUGAUAGCGAUGAUGAAGGGGCAGCUACUGCCCGAAAAGCUCGACAAGGCCUAGCGGAAGCCUUGUUUGGAGGGAUUAUGCCAUCUCGACCUCAAUCGGCUGCUGCGAAUCCUUCCAAUCCCGCACCACCUGCUCCUCCUACGCCACCCUCUGCGCCCCCUGCUCCUGCGGCUCCUGCAGCACCCAAAGCGCCAAUUCUCCCGAUGUCAAGUGCCGCCCCAGCAGAUCGUGGAAUGCUUUUAGGCGAGAUCCAGUCAGGGAAGCGGCUUCGAAAGGCACAGACCAAUGACCGCAGUGCGUCCGGUCUGGCUGGCAAAGUGAUCGGAGAAGAUCCUUCUUCUCAACAUCACCCAGCAGCAAGUGUUGAAGCAGAUGAUAAACGUCGCUCGGUCGAUUGGAUGGGUGGGAUGGCCGCCGAUGGGAUGCGCUUGCCCAGCCCUAAUCAUCAGCCCAGUCUAACGACUCAUGCCGAAGAGUCUACACCUCCACAGGAGGAACCUUUGCAAUCCACUGGAGCUGAGGAUUGUACAAAAAACUUUGACAUGUCACAAACUAUCCGGGUUAGGUCCCUGUAUGCUUACGUUGGGCAAGGUGAGGAUGACUUGACGAUGGACGUCAAUCUCGUGAUCGUUGCUCAUCCUUCAAGAGUAGAUGAGGAUUGGAUGUAUGGGAGCGUCGAGGCGACCGGCCAAUCGGGGACGUUCCCGAAGUCAUACGUCGAAGAGAUCAAAGCGACUUGGGGUAAAGCUCUUUACGAUUAUUCGGCUACCAGCCCUGAUGAAGCAGACUUGGUCGAAAACACCAAGGUGGCCGUUGUGGAUAGUUCGGACCUUGAUUGGUUCAAGAUUGAGGACAGGGGCAAGAUCGGAAUGGUGCCCGCGGCCUACAUCGAACUUGAUGGUUAUAUCACCCACCACGCCAACACUUAUCAACCUCCUCACCGCCCACCCCCACCCCCACCCCUCCUCCUGACACCGCCCAGCCAGUCCAGCACUACUACUACUACUACUACCACCACACUCCACCACCAGCCGCAGACUGCUGCAUCCACCAUAUCAUCACCAGCAUCUCUCGUCCACCACACUCCCUUUCCUAGCAUGUCGGCUACCAUCGACCCAGAGCCACCCGAGCAGAACUCCAAGCAGCCCUCCAUGGAUUCCCCACGACCCUCCCAAGAACCUGCCUCGGAUUCAGACAGCGAAGAGCACCAGAUGAUAGCUGCCAACCCAGACCGCCUCCAACUCUUAGCCGCUGCCGGCCUCGUCCAACGGCCUAUCACCCAUCGACAGCAGAAAUUACCCCCGCUGCCGCCCGAUCUAACCUCAUCACUCUCCAUCCCCUUCCUUCCAACAGUGCCUGUCGACACAGACCCUCAACAGCCCACGACUACCAGGUCUCGAACACCAUCCACUUCAACUGCCCGUGACUGCGAGUCGGAUAACGAUGAUCCACUAUCAAAGAUGGAAGCCGCCUUUGCAAGAUACUUGAAUAUCCAACGUGACUUGCCUUGCUCAGCUGGGUUAUCAGUCUCUUCGUCGACUCAGCAGACCAGCCGGAACAGAAAUACAUCCCAAACAGUAUCAGGAAACCGGCCGAGUUCCGAACAACUCAAGUCACCUCGCUCCCAAGGAUUCCGCUGCAGCUCACGACACAGGCCUUCCAGUUCAGGCUCGUCUCUCCCAUCAGCUAGCAGUGGCUUCCGCUCCUGGCUCUCUGGGAUGUCAAAAUCCGUCUCCGCUGCGACCAACCCUUCGACGUCGGCUAACACAUGGAUGCCUGACAGGCGCCAGUCCUCUACCGGCGGGGGUUGCACUCCUUUCGGGAAUCACUCCCCCCGUCCCUCUAUCAGUGGUCCUAUCCAUCCAGUCGAUGAUCAUCAUCCCCAGCCUCGCCGUCCCUCCACAGCUAACAACAUCAUCACUCCUUCCACCACGCCUUCCCCUCAAGCAAAUGGCCGUCCUGGAAACUCAACAUGGUCGAGUAUGAUGAAUCCAAAAACCUUGUCACUCUAUCCAGAGAAAGAGAAGAAUCGACAGGAAGCGAUCCAUGAGUUGAUCAAGACCGAGGCGACAUUUGUUGAGAACUGCCAGAUCCUAUCGCAGGUGUUUUACCGGAGCUUGGAGCCGAUGAUCGGGGUGCGAGCGGCGACGAUCGUGUUUGCGAACAUUGAGGAGAUCAUGUUGUUUGGGACGACCUUCCUGAGCGCCUUGGAGCGGCGCCAAGUCGAGUCGGGUUCCCUGGUCCAGGCCGUCGGCGACAUCGUCCUUGAUUACAUGCAGGGCGUGGACGUCUUUAGACCUUAUUGCAGCAAUCAGGCUAAUGCCUCCCGCAUCCUCUCCCACUUGAAACUUAAACCCUCCAUCGCUAAUCGCUUGAAUGGCAUCAGGGUCAAGGGCCUCGAACUCGAGCAUUACUUGCUUCAGCCUAUGCAGAGACUAACUCGGUACCCUCUGCUGAUCAGUCAGAUCAUGAAGUACACCGAUGAAGGCUCCUCUGACUACAAUCGGUUAGCAAAUGCCUUAAAGAAAGUUCAAGAGGUCCUCACUACGACUAACAAAACCAUCGGGGAACAAGAAAACGAAAUCGUGCUGGUCACUUUAUCAGAACAAUUGACGAUCCCAGGCAGUGAUGCUAAAUUGAACCUAGCAACGAUGACCCGGUUUGUUGGACGACGACGGCUGAUCAGGGAGGGAAUCCUGACGAAGGCCCGGUCCCGCAAGACCUUUCGGGCGUAUCUGUUCAACGACUUCUUCCUGCUCGCCAAGACGACGACGGCGACGGGAUUAUUGGAGAGCAGUCCGGGGCGACGGAGCCAGGGUCAGCUGGUGAUGUAUCGGGCCCCGAUGGCCCUCGAGGAGUCUCAGUUGUUGGUCGGAAAGGACGACCACAGUCUGGUGAUCGUCCAUAACUCUGAAACCUUCACCCUCAAAACUCCCGACGGUCAUCGCGCUUGCGCCGCCUGGAUCGCCGACUUCAAGGCAGCCCGCAAAGAAGUCUUCAAAGUUCUCGCUAGUCGUAGAUCCAAACGAGCAUCAUGGGCGGCGAAAGAAGCAGAACAAGAAGAAGAAGAAGAGAAGAAGAAGAGAAGGACUCGAGAAGGGGGCCCCGACUCAGAGGGACUGAUCAAGCGGCAGUGCUCAGGAUCGGAACUCAACCAGAAGAAGGCUGCCGUCACCCGGGCCGUCUCAGCCGAGCCCGACGUGCUCAACUUGCUCUGGUCCCACUCCUCCUCCAACCCCGGCCAUCCCUCGAAUCUGCCCUCCCUCAAUAGGUCCUCCAUCAGACUCAUGAUGUGACCCUUUCCUUCCUCCCCUGUUGGUCCUCUCUGACUCCGAAUUCAUACCCUUGGCAACUCAUCUCCCCUCUUCUCUAGCAUCUUGUUUUUUUCUCGAUACAUACAUGCUCUCUCAUCUCAAUAUACCCUCUGAAUUUCUACAAGUUGGACAUCGUUGUACAUGCAUUACUUAUAUCUCUUAUCUCUUCUAUGGUAUCAGUUUAGGCAUCCCAUCACUUAUCUCUCUCUCUCUCUCUCUUGAUCU